AUGGAAGUCCUUCGACGACAUCACCUUGGGCCCAACAUCAUUCAUUACAACGCAGCCAUCCAUGCCGCAAGCAGCCAGAGCUACUGGAUGAUGAGCCUUGGGAUGCUGGGCUCCAUUCGCGAAAACGAGGCGUGUCCGGACGUCGUUACCUGGAACUCGGUAAUCGCCUCCCUGGGCGCACGGUGGCAGGCAGGUUUAAGCCUGCUGGGAAGGAUGGUCGAACGGAAGACGCGGCCAGAUGUCUUCAGUCUCAACUCCGUUUUGAAGACCUGCUCUGACGAAGCUUGCUGGCAGAUCUCCUUGGAGUCCGCGAAGGUCAUGGGCGGCCAGCUGGACCUGGACAUCGUCAGCUGGAACAGCGCCAUCAACGCCUGUGUUCGAUGCGGCCAGUGGCUCUGUGCCUCAGACUUGGUGAGCAGUUUGCAGGAGAGCGGAAUUGACCCGGACUCGGUGACAAGCGUCGGAUCACUCGGUGCCUUGGAGCAGGGUUGCAAGUGGGCACUGGCAGUUGACCUCCUGUCGACCAUGGUGGAGCAGCGGCAGCCCCUGAACAUUCUGGUUUGCAAUGCCCUUGUGAGCGCAUGCGCUUCUGCAGGGCGGUGGCGCCAUGCUUUGGCGUUUCUUGAGGAGAUGGCCAGGUUGUCUCUGGAAAUGGACGUCUUCAGUUGGAGCUGUGCCAUUGAUGCCUGCGAGAAGGCUGGGGAGUGGCAGCUGGCGCUACAUCUCUGCAGCCACCUUCACGAGAUGCAUCUGGCUCCGAAUGUGGUUGCAAUGAGCAGCGCCAUGAGUGCGUGUGCCAAAGCAAGCCGCUGGGAAAUUUCUAUGCUGCUUCUUGGAUCGAUGAGUGAGCUUCGCGUGCAGCCGAACACCUUUAGCUUCAGUGCGAUCAUGGCUGGCUGCCAAAAACUGGGCAGCUGGCAUCAAGCACUGUACCUUUUUCGCAGCAUGUCUGAUGCUGCCUUAGAACCUGAUGUCGUGAGCUGCAAUGCGGCCAUCGAAGGGCUUGCACAGUGGGAGGUGGCAAGCCACCUGGUUAAUCAGAUGGACAGGAGAAGCAUACCAGUCAACGAGCUGAGUUUCAACACGGCUAUUGGGGCGUGCUCCAAAGUUAGUGAGCUCAUACGCGUCCAAGCCAUAGCGCAGACACAGAGUCAAUCUGAAAGCACUCUGACAGGACUGGGGCUUUCCGCAACAAGGCAGCUGGCCCCUUUCGCGGAGCCACCGGAGGGUGAACGCGUGGUUGUGAUUGCGACCAACGUGGCUGAAACGUCGGUCACCUUGCCCAAUGUGCGCUAUGUCGUGGACACAGGGAAGGAGAAGCGGCGGCGGAAAAUCCUGACUGCAGAUGCAGUGACCACACCCGCCAUGGGCUGCCUGUGCUGUGGCACCAUGGCUAUGGAUCGGGAGACCCAUGGAGGCUCCUUGCAGCGAUAUGCACUCCGCCUGUCGGAGGUGGUGAUGCAGCAGCAUGCUGCCCGAAGGAAGGAUUGGGCUGCUUGGCAGGCCAAGGAGGAGGAGCUCUGCGAUGAGAUCCGCGACCUCGGCGAGCAGCUUCGCGCAGAGCAGCAAGAGCACGAUCAGGUGAUGGGCCGGGAGACGAUCCUGGAGCAGGAGCUGCGUGCGGAGCGGCGCCGGCGCAUCGACCUCGAGGCGCAGCUGACUUUGGCGGACACCUGGAAGGCCGAGGCCCAUGCCGCGGACCGGGCGGCGCGGCUGGCGAACUCCAACUCCGCCCUGGCGGCAAAGACGGAGAGCGAGGCCGCGAGGGAGUGGAAGCGCCAGGCGGCGGAGGCCCGAAAAGCGGAAGCCAAGGCCAGCGCAGGACAGCAGCGUGCCGAGCUGGCGGCACAGAACGCACGGAAGUCUUUGCAUCGGCACUUGGAAGAACGAGAGCAACACUUUCAGCAACGGGUGCAGCAAGCUCGUGCCAGCGAGGCCGAGGUGUUGGCUGAAGCUUGGAGGAUGUCCGGAGAGCUGAGGAGUGAGCUUGAUGCCGUCCGAUCCUCCGACCGGCCUGAGUCCGAGCCCCAAGAAGGAAGUGCAAGACAGGCGCUGCAGGACUUGCGCGAGCUCCGGCAGCGUUACACGGACAUGCUGGGGCCGUGA